AUGCCAACACCACAGAUUAAUGCACAAGUUCAAGAAGGUGGUCCUCAAAUUAAUGCACAAGUUCAAGAAGGUGGUCCUGUGCAUCAAUCGGCAGUAGAAAGAGAUGAACCUCAGCUUUUUAGGGGUUGCAAAAGGAGUACAAGAACAUGGGAUGUGCAAAUUAGAGAUGGAAAUGGGGAAUUGAAGCGGCAAAAAAUGCGAGCCAUUGACGUAUACUCUCUUCCACCGGGAGAGAAAGUUGUUGUGGAAUGGAAUUCCCGAGAUCAGCCUGUUGAAUUGUCGGGGGGUAUGCUCGCUCAAUUUCUAGGCCACAUUGCAAGUAAUUGUCAGAAUUUUCCUAUCGGAUAUGAAAAGUGGCAAAAGAUCCCAGAGAGCUAUAAAGAUCAUGUCUGGAACAAUAUUAUAAAGUCAAAACUGGAGGUAAAUGAUGAUGGACAUAAGCGAUAUAUUUUCAAAAGCUUAGCGAAAAAAUGGCGAGACAAUCGAUACAACUUAUAUAACUUGAUGAAAUGUGAUCCCGAUGGUCCUCGUGAAGCCAACAUAGCAAGGAAACCUCCAGAGAUCCCUUUGGACCAAUGGGUUGCAUUUGUGGAUUAUAGAGCUCGACCUGACACAAAGGCAAAAGCUGAACAAAAUACAAUAAAUCGCACCCACCAGACAAUGCCUCACACAUUAGGUUUUAAGUCCAUUGCUCGACUGGAAAAUGAGAUGGAAAAGCAACUUGGUCGCUUUGUCACUAGAGCUGAAUUAUUUCAGGAAGAUCUAAUUAUUCGAAGUCAAGGCUCAUCUGAAAAUGAAGCAUUUACUAGUGUUUUUGGGAAAGAACACCCAGGAUAUGACAUAAAGGACCAAGAAAGAGACUCAUCCUGGGGAUGGGUCUAUUUCGACGCUAUCCGUGGUGCUGAGAAAGAUGAUAGUUCCCUACCCUCCUGGCCUAGAUACGAUGAGGAUGAUGGAGUUAGUCCGCAAAUAUGGGCUGGAGUAUAUAUUCUAACUAUGCCUGCCCCAGAGAUUGCCGAGGGUGGAGGAGACACAGCUGAGGGGUCAUAG